UCCUUCUCUCUCCUUCGAUCUCAUGAUAAUGUCUGGCAACGUUGCACUUGCACCGUUACUAAACUAUUCGUUGAGCAGUGCUGCCCAUCACUGAAUCAUUUGGCAGCACUUGGCUAAGCAUUUGUUUUGAAUUACAAAUUUACUGAGCUCAGGUCGAGUUGUUGGCCUGGCAACCGAGGCCGGAACUAGCAAAGUCGAUAAAAUGCCAAGCGGCAUUUGUGAGUUUUGGCACCUGAAGAUGGAAGUGGACGCAGAGAUUACAAGCAGUAGCAGCUAUUAUAAUUAUGGUCAGCCAUUAAUACCGCAAAAGUCGAAUUUAAUAUUGCAAAUGUUGCUGCAAGCAAAUGCCUGUGUCUCAAUACUCUGGAGCUUCAGCUAUUUGCUGCACCUGUUCAUUUGGUCGACUGUGCUAUGGAACUAUACCGGCCUGGCCAUGCUGCUGGCCUAUGUGCUGGCCGUUGGCACCGAGUCGCUGCGUCUCUAUGCCAGCUACUCCAUCAAUCUAACCACAAACGCGACGACCAUGUGGUUGCUUCUAACACUGACGCCCUGCGUGCUGUUGCCUGCCUUGGUCUACUUGCGGCUGGCUGUCAUGUUUGCCAGCGUCUGGUUGCACUUCCUAUCGCAUGCCCAAUUUGUGCUCAUCGCAUUGGAGGCGCUGUCAGCGCUCAUCUAUCACGUGUGCUGCCUGGCCAGAGACAAGAGGAAGUCGCUCAAAUCAAAUGGGCAGCUAUAAAGU